CGUCGUCGUCGAUUAUUACUACAAAGGUUUUGUUCAUUAUCCUCGAGCUCGUGCUUCUAUGUGGCUUUUCAGCUACAAAAGCGUUUGUUGUUCAUCGUCACGACUUCAUUGUUGAAGAGGCUUCAUACACGAAGCUUUGCAGCACAAAGAAGAUCUUGACGGUGAAUGGGCAAUUCCCAGGGCCUGUUCUUUAUGCCAACAAAGGAGACACCCUCAUUGUUAAUGUCUACAAUAAAGGAAACCAAAACAUAACCAUUCAUUGGCAUGGAGUGAAACAGCCAAGGAAUCCAUGGAGGGCACUCUGUGGUGGCACGCUCACAGUGACUGGUCUCGUGCCACUGUUCACGGUGCCCUUAUUGUCUACCCCACUACUACUACUAAUCAGACCCAAUACCCUUUCCCUAAACCCUCAGCUGAAAUCCCCAUCAUACUAGGAGAGUGGUGGAAGAGUGACAUCCAACAAGUUCUCAACCAGUUUCUUUCUAGCGGCGGUGAUCCUAACGUCUCCGAUGCUUUUCUUAUCAACGGCCACCCCGGGGAUUCAUAUCCAUGCUCCCAAAACGACACGUUCCAGUUAACCGUAGAUUUCGGAAAAACAUAUCUUCUCCGAAUGGUGAACUCAGUGAUGAACAACAUCCUCUUCUUCUCCAUCGCCAACCACCAGGUCACGGUGGUUGGAUCCGACGGCGCCUACACAAAGCCCUUCAAGAGCGACUACAUCGCAAUAUCCCCGGGCCAGACGAUCGAUUUCCUGGUGGAAGCCAACCAGCCCCAGAACCAUUACUACAUGGCCGCCAAGGCAUACAGCAGUGCCCCCGGCGCCCAGUUCGACCGCACCACCGCCGCCGCCGUCCUCCGGUACAUCGGAAACUACACCCCCUCCCCGUCUCCGGCCAUGCCCAAUCUCCCCGUCUUCAACGACACCAACUCGUCGGUUUCCUUCACCGGAAAGCUCAGAAGCUUGGGGGACGAAAACCACCCCAUCAAAGUCCCAAAAAACGUGACAACGAAUCUGCUGUACACCGUUUCGAUCAACACGUUCCCUUGUCCGGACAACGACACCGCGCGGUGUUCCGGGCCCGGUGUCACCCGGUUCGCCGCUAGUGUCAACAACAUAAGCUUCGAUCUCCCUAAGAUUGACAUCCUUCAGGCCUACUACAAGAACAUCAAGGGAGUCUACGGGGAAGAGUUCCCAGAUUUUCCGCCGCUGAGUUUUGACUUCACCAAUGCCACUCUUCCGGUCACCUUACGAGUGCCUGACCGGGGGACGGAGGUUAGGGUGGUGGAGUAUGGGACGGUUGUGGAACUUGUUUUCCAAGGGACAAGUUUGUUGUCUGGAAUAGACCACCCCAUGCAUUUGCAUGGGUACAGCUUUUACGUUGUUGGUUGGGGUUUCGGGAAUUUCGACAAGGACAAGGAUCCCCAGAACUAUAAUCUUGUUGAUCCCCCUCUCAUGAACACCAUUGCUGUUCCCAGGAAUGGGUGGACCGCCAUCAGAUUUGUAGCAAAUAAUCCUGGAGUGUGGUUUAUGCAUUGUCAUUUUGAACGGCAUGCAAGCUGGGGAAUGGAAAUGGCAUUCAUUGUUAAAGAUGGGAUGCGGUCCGACCAAAUAAUGUUACCAUCUCCAAAUGAUAUGCCCAAAUGUUGAUCCGAAGCAUUAAGAUAGACAAAAAAUAAAACAUUCAUGAAAUU